GGAAGUACAAAUUUGGUCCGACAACCUAUACGAUAUUACGAUUUACCCUCUUUUGCAGCAGAUUUACCCUCGUCUGCACCAAGAACAAGGGAGCAAUAGUCGUCUUCUUCGCAUAAACGAUUGUUCGUUGUCGAGAUAAACAUCAUGAAGAGGAAGCCCAAGGCUGCAAAAGAAGCUUCAGCAGACAAGGCCAUGGAAAACAACCAAAUAACGGUUUCAAAGCCCUCGAGCCCGGUGUCAAAGAAGACAGCAUCCAAGUACAUUGGUUCUGAUGUUAGACGAUCUGGUCGGCUUCAAAAGAUAGUCUCACCUGCUGGGAACAAGCGUGUUGCUAAGGAAGUUGAUCUUACUGAUAACAAAAUGGAAGAGGGGCGGGACCCUCACGCUGAGGAGCGGGGAGGGACCACUGAGCUCGCGCUGGAGACUGAUCAUGGUGAUGGAAAACCCGAGGAGGUGCAGAUUGUUGAGCCAUUUAUCGCCAAUCCAACUGAGGAACAGAUAGCCAUGGAAGAGAAAAUCGACUACCUGUAUCAGACAGCAAAAGACCUAAAAGCUAAGGCUGCCAAAAAGUCGGUACCAAGUGGAACAACUACAUGUGAAGACCUGAAAUACAAGGACUUGUAUAUUGACUCGGAGAAAAAGGUUGAAGAAUUAACCCACGUAAACUUUCAGCUAGCCAAGGAUUUGGAGUUUGCCCGUGGCAAAAUCGAAGCUUAUGAGAGAUUUAUUGAUGCUUCCACGGGGAAGGUAAAGGAAAUGAUUGUUUUGACAAAUUUUGAGAGAGUUGCUGAAACUGUCCUAAACCUAUCUGAAGACGAACUAAAGAAAAGUUAUGCAAACAAGAAAAGCGGUGCAGAUACUGAGGCUCCUAAUCCUUUGCCUCAACCGAAGAUCGCCCACACAAACGCUCCGUCUGCAGCAAGAAAUGCGAAAAGGAAGAAAACCUCUCAAUAGCAUAAGGAAAACGGAAAAGACCCUUGGUUUUGGUUGUAUGUUUAAUGAUUAUUCGGCAUUGUAACGGGUAGAAGUCUUAACUGAUAUGGUUUUGUGGAAAUUUUGUUUCCUGGAGAACAAUGAUCUGGUAGGAGGAUUGAUUGUGCUUUAGGCUUAAUGACUUGAAAAUUGGUAAAAACAUCCGGCCCCUUUUACCUUAGAAAACUAUUCUAUGUUAUCUGUUUUUUAAUU